AUGCUUGACGAGGACCUCAUGAUGCCCCAAGCAUCCGACCUGACGUUCUCCAGGAAGGUGCUGCAGGGCCACGCCAAGCACCCGCGCAUCGUCGCGCCCAAGUUCGCCGGCGGCGCUCUCUUCGGCAUCAGGCACUACGCUGGGGAGGUCAGCUACUCGUGCGACGGCUUCCUGGAGAAGAACGCCGACAGGCUGCCCUCGCUGGACGCCGUCGAGCUGCUCUCCGCCUCCCCGCUGCCGGUGGUGUGCGCCAUCGGCAGGGCGCUGGGGGAGCAGGCGGCGGCCCAGGGCGCCGCCGGAGGGCCUCGGCCCGGCCAGGGCCAGCGGAAGUCGGCCACCGCGCGGUUCCGCACGUCGCUUCGGGCCCUGAUGCACAAGAUCGGCCGCGCCGACACCCACUACGUCCGGUGCGUGAAGCCCAACACCGAGAAGGCGGUGCGCAUCCGCCAGGCGGGCUACAGCUCCCGGCUGUCCUUCCGGGCCUUCGCGCUCCGCUACCGGUGCGUCGUCGCCGUCCGGCUGCCCAGGUCCGAUUGGUUCCCGUGCGUGCCUCGCGCCGCAGCGGGCGGCGGGAACGAGCGGGCCGCGGCGCACGAGCUGGUGCUCCACGUGCGCGACCGGCUCGAGCUGGCAGAGGCCCAAUUCGUCCUCGGGGCCACGAAGGUGUUCAUCAAGGCCGAGGCCACGACCAGUCUCGAGUCCGCGCGCACGCUCGCGUGCAUGGCGGCGCUGCAGCACAUGCAGAGCGCCGUCCGCGCCGCCACGGUGAGGCGUAGGGUGGCCGCGGCGAGGCCGCUGUUGCUGCAGCUGCUGCGCUGGCUUCGGGGCCAGACCAGGCCGCUCAUGCUGCUCCGCUACGACGCCCUGCAGACCGCCGAGAGCGAGCUGGCUGCCGUCGCGGACCUGCUCGCACGCCUCGACGCGCUUCCGCUCCGCUUCGGGCUGGAGCGCCGCGCUGCGCUUGCGGAGAGGCGGCUGCGGGAGGAGAUCCUGGCGCUGGCACUCGUGCAGCGGCACCUUCGCGGCGCGCUGGUCCGCGGGAGGCUGCGCCGCGCGCGGGGCCUGCUCGCGGACGUGCACGCGUGGCUCGCGAGGUGCUGCCCCGAGCCUGCCGUGCCGAGGCGCGGGGGGAUCCUGCUGCUGCAGCAGUUCGCCACGUUCGAGGCCGCGGAGCAAGAGCUGGCGCUCAUAGGGCCGCUGCUGCAGCGCGCGUGGGAGUUACCGCUGCCCCUCGGCGUCGUGGCGCGCGCCGGCCCCGUGGAGGAGAGGCUGCGGCGAGAGCUCUGCGCGGUGCGGACCGUGCAGCGGGUGCUGCGGGCGGCCUUGGUGCGGGCGCGGCUGUCCAGAGCGCGCGGCGCGCUGGAGGACAUCAAGCAGUGGGAGAGCAGGUGCUGCGGCGGUAGGGACUGGCGCAGCGGGCGCCUGGAUCACGCCUUGGCCCGGCAGUUCGGGACCUUCGAGCGCGCGGAGGACGAGCUCUCCCUCGUCGCUUCUCGGACCGCCGCGCUGCCGGAGUGGGCGGGCGGCCUAGGCCUCGUGAGGCGCGUGGAGGCCACCUGCGAGCGCCUGUGGAGUGAGGUGCAGGCCUUGCGGCGCAUCCAGCGCACCCUGCGCGGUGCCGCCACGCGCCGGAGAGUCGCGGCGGCGCGUGGGGCCGUGGUCGGCGUCCGAGAGUGGUUGCUGCGAGUGUGCCCUGCGGCCCUGGAGUGCGCAGCGACGGGUGGCGAGCAUCACCCGGCCUUGCUGGAGCGCCUACGGACCCUCGAGAACGCCGAGCUGGAGCUCGCCAGCGCGGCCGAGUGCCUCUCGCGGGCGGCGGCGCUGCCAUUCGACUUCGGCGGCCUGGUGGAGCGGGCUGGGCGCGCUCAGGCGAGGCUGCAGGCAGAGGUGGAGGCGCUCCAGGCCGCGAGGGACCAGGUGCACGCGGCCAGCUUGGACGCCGGGGCGAUGAGGGUGGUUCUCGAGCGCGCGAGCGAGCUGGCGCUGCCCACGACGCUGGAGGACGUCGCCGCCCUGGUCGACCGCGCGCGGAAGGUCGAGGCCCAGGUGCCCGUAGCGGAGGCCCUGCGAGAGGUGGUGAGCUCCGGGGACUUCGUCGCGGUGCCCGACGCGCUGCGCGGCGCGGAGCACGCCGGGCUGCUGCGGGACCCGCAGCUGUGGCUGCCCGAGCUGGGCGGGCCCGCGCUGCUGGCCCAGGUGGCCGCGAUCGUGGAGGCCAAGGAGGCGCACGCGAGGGUCCAGGCGGAGCGGGCCGCCGCCGAGGCCCAGGAGGCGCUGGAGCGCCAGCGGAUCGCGGAGGCGGUCGCCGCGGGGCUCCCCGCCACGGGGAAGAAAAUUAUGGAGACGUUCGCCGACGCCGCCCGGCGGGCGAGGGCCGGGCUGCCGCCCGGCUUCGCGCCCGAGGCCGCCGCGGGGCCGUCCGAGGGCGGGCGCGGGGAGCUCGACGUGGGCCCCUCUGCGCCGCGCGCGCGGCAGGCGCUGCUCGCGGGCGCGGGUCGCGCGGAUGAGCCGGGCUCGAUGGGCAGGGUGGUGGCGAGGCUCACCGAGGAGCGCGACGGGCUGCGCGAGGCGAUGCAGGAGGCGCUCGUGGACGCGCUCGGCCGCGAGGAGGCGCUGCUGGCGGAGUGCCGUGCGUUGCGCCGGGGGGACCCGGCGCCAGGCCCGAGGGACCUCGGGCUCGCCGCGGCCGCUGCGCGCUCGCGGUUGGUCGCCGAGAACGUGCGGCUGCAGGCGGACCUCGUCUCCGCGCGGGCAGCCGCCAGGGGCAGCGCGCCCGGGCAGCGCGAGGCGGCGCCGCCUCCAGGCGGCCUGGCCGGCGCGGAGCUGCCAGUAGCCCGGGCGGCCGCGAGCGGAGCUCCAUAG